UCGCUUGGCGAAUCAGUGUUUGACACGAUGUCGCGUCGCAUAUGCAUAGAACAGUGAUCCGAGACGUAAUUCUUUUUCAUUUAAAAACACCUAAGUUGUGACUCUUGAUAUAAUCCCAUUGAAGUUCCAUGCGUUUAGCCACCGCGAACGGUUAAAUCGAAUUAGAGAGCUAGAACAAGUUUAAGAUUCAAUAUGAAGUUGACACUUGUCGCUAUUCUUUUCUGUAUCCUCCAAUUUGCUUUAACGGUUGAUCGAUCGAACUUCAAGACAUGCGAUCAAAGUAGUUUCUGCAGGCGUUGCCGAAAAGUGACGCCAGGCGAUUCGCCAUUCGCAUUAGUCCCCGGAACUCUGAACAUAUAUUCGGACUCUAUCACCACAGAUCUAGUGAACAGAGAGAAUAACCAUCUGUUCUCUUUGAAGUUGGAAGCGUUGCAGGGAAAUACUUUCCGUUUGCUCAUCGAUGAAAAAACCCCACUCAAACCUCGAUAUCGAGUGAAUGAUGCUUUGAAAUCAAAUCCAGUCCCUGGAACCAUCAAAGUCAGCGAACGAGCAGAUAAUGAAUUAGUCAUUACGUCUGGAACCAGUAAGGCCGUCGUGACAGGAACACCAUUUAAAAUUGACUUCUAUCAAAAUGAAAAGCUUUCAUUGUCUAUUAAUGCUAAGGGAUUGAUGCGCUUUGAACAUUUACGUAAAAAGCCCCAACCGCCUGCCGAAACUGAAAAUAACGAAAAUCCCGACGAAUUACCUAAAGAAGUUUUACCAAAGUCAAUUGAGGAUGAGGAUCCUGGCUCGUGGGAAGAGAACUUCAAAUCACAUCAUGACACCAAGCCGAACGGUCCAGAAGCAGUUGCGUUAGAUUUUACAUUCCCACAAGCAGAGGUUUUGUUUGGAAUACCAGAACACGCAGAUUCAUUUGUUCUGAAGCCAACUGCCGGCACAGACCCUUAUCGUCUUUAUAAUUUGGAUGUUUUCGAGUAUGAACUGGACAGCAAGAUGGCACUCUACGGAUCGAUUCCUGUUAUAUAUGGACAUGGUCCUGAAGAAACAAUUGGUGUCUACUGGCAGAAUCCUUCUGAAACCUGGGUUGACGUUUUCAACUCGAACGCCGAAAAGAAUGUAAUGUCUUCAAUCGUCAAUUUCGUGUCAGGCUCGAGGCAAACCGAACCACCAGCAGCUCACUUCAUGUCGGAGAGUGGAAUUGUGGAUGUUUUCCUUUUACUUGGACCAUCCCCGCUUGAUGCAUUCAAGCAAUAUACCGACCUAACAGGCACUGCUCCGUUGCCUCAAUUAUUUACUUUGGCCUACCAUCAAAGUCGAUGGAACUACAAUGAUGAGCAAGACGUGAAUUCGGUCAGCAAUAAGUUCGAUGAACAUGAUAUUCCAAUGGAUACAAUUUGGCUAGACAUUGAAUAUACUGACGGCAAAAAAUAUUUCACUUGGGAUCCACAUAAAUUCCAACACCCUCUGGAAAUGAUCAAGAAUUUAACAACGUUGGGCCGACAUUUGACCAUCAUUAUUGAUCCCCAUAUUAAGCGAGAGUCGGGCUAUUUCUUCCAUCAGGAUUGCACGGACAGGGGUUUAUAUACGAAAAAUAGAGACGGUCACGAUUAUGAAGGGUGGUGUUGGCCUGGAUCGUCGAGUUACCCAGACAUAUUCAAUCCUGAAGCGCGGAAAUACUUUGCUGACCAAUAUCUCCUCGAGAACUUCAAGACUACUACGAAAGAUGUGAUGAUUUGGAAUGACAUGAACGAACCAUCGGUAUUUAAUGGUCCCGAGAUCACCAUGUUGAAAGAUAACGUUCACUUUGGAGGCUGGGAACAUCGACAUAUUCAUAAUUUAUAUGGACACAUGUACCUGAUGGCUACAUUUGAUGGACUGAGUAGACGCGACCCCAAUCAACGUCCAUUUAUACUCACACGAUCGCAUUUUGCCGGAUCACAGCGUUAUGCGGCCAUGUGGACAGGAGAUAACAAAGCCGAUUGGGGCCAUUUAGAAGCAAGCGUAAAAAUGUGCUUGUCGGAAGCUGUUGCUGGCUACUCUUUCUGUGGGGCUGAUAUUGGUGGAUUCUUUGGAAACCCUGACGCUGAAUUGCUUUUACGUUGGUAUCAAACUGGUGCAUUCUUGCCGUUUAUGCGAGCUCAUGCACACAUUGACACAAAACGGCGCGAGCCAUGGCUUUAUCCUGAGGACACAAAGCAAAUCAUCCGAAGUGCAAUUCGUGAACGUUACAGUUAUCUGCCUCUGUGGUACACAAUGUUUUAUGAACACGAACGUGAUGGAUAUCCGGUAAUGCGUCCAUUAUUGGCCCAUUACCCUAAGGAUAAAAAUGCGUUUGCAAUUGAUAAUGAAUUUUUGCUGCAAGAUAGACUUCUGGUGCGAUCUGUUAUGCAACAAGGUGUUUCUAAGGUGGAUGUUUAUUUCCCAACAAAGGGAGAUGGCAAAGGUGAUAUUUGGUAUGACGUAGAUGAUUAUCGUAAAAUCACAACCGUGGGACACGAGUCAAUUCCAGCCGAUUUAAAGAAGAUUCCUGUUUAUCAACGGGGCGGAAGCAUUAUUCCCAAGAAGGAGCGUAUUCGUCGCGCUGCAACUCUCAUGAAAGAUGAUCCUUACACCCUUAUUGUCUGCCUUGAUGCAAAUCAAUCGGCUAAAGGCACUCUCUAUAUCGAUGAUGAAAAAUCCUUUGAAUAUCGUAAGGGACAAUAUCUCUACAUUGAGUAUGAGUUCAAAAACGGAGUCUUUAAGAAUCGCUUCAUUGAUAAUAAAUCAAAAUAUUCUCCGCGGUCCUGGCUUGAACGUAUUGUCAUCGUCGGUUUGGAAAAAGUACCAAAAUCUGCAAAGCUGAAGGCAAGCAAGAGCGAUGCUGCCGAUUUGGAGGUUCUACCCCAGGGCAAUGCGUAUGUAAUCCGCAAACCUGGUAUCGGCAUGGCCGAAGAUUUCUCAAUUACUUUGAAAUACUAAGUAAUUCCCCUAAAUAAAAUGUUGAAUAGAAAUAGAAAAUUCACGAAUCAAAUACUUAUUGAGGUGUAAUUGUCCUUCUAUAUGUUGCAAUUUUGCGUAAAUAAUUGUAGACUAUUUUAGAAUUCUAUUUUAAGAUUAUUUCUAUUAUUUGAUCCACCCUUUCUGUAUUAAAAUUAGACAAAUUAAUAAAAUGAAACAUAAUCUGA